GGAGUGCGUCUUUUGUUACUAGGUCGUAGAUUUAAUACUGGAUAUUGCUUGUGCUUCCUUCAGAUUGCCUUCCUCUACCUGGUUUUCCCAGCCUUGGUGGUGACGAAAUAGCUCUCAUUUGUUGUUGGCAAGCGUUCUUCGAUCGAUUCACCACCUGCUCAAAAUUUCAAGAAGGGCGCCCAUCCUCAGGGAUACAUUUCUUUUUUGAAGGAGAAACUAGAGACAUAGUUAUCUGAAAAUUUGAUACUGUGACGAUGGGAGGGGGAGGGUCCAAACAUCGUCGUUCUCAUCGCUCCUCAUAUGAUAAUGGUCGUUCUCAUCGCUCCUCAUACGAUAAUGGUCAUUCUUCUUCGGGUUACACUCCAAGGUAUUCUUCAAGUUCUGCAAACUAUGUACAGCCUGAAACAGUAAACAGAUUACAAAGGAAGUAUUCAAGAAUCAAUGAUGAUUACCAAACGCUAAAUCAGGUCACCGAGGCCCUUGCAGAAGCAGGUCUUGAAUCUUCUAAUCUUAUUGUGGGCAUUGAUUUUACAAAGAGCAAUGAAUGGACAGGUAAAGUUUCUUUCAACCGCCGGUGUCUGCAUGAUAUUGGGAAUACUCCAAACCCGUAUGAGCAAGCAAUAUCUAUUAUAGGAAGGACGCUCUCUACUUUUGAUGAAGAUAAUCUUAUUCCCUGCUUUGGGUUUGGUGAUGCAUCCACGCAUGAUCAGGAAGUAUUCAGUUUUUAUCCAGAAAAUCAACCAUGUAAUGGCUUUGAAGAAGCACUCGGACGGUACAAAGAACUAAUUCCAAAUGUCCGGCUAGCUGGGCCAACAUCCUUUGCACCAAUUAUUGAGACAGCCAUAGGCAUCGUAGAUAAUACUGGCGGGCAGUACCAUGUUCUACUCAUUAUUGCAGAUGGACAGGUGACACGAAGUGUAGACACCCAAUACGGACAAUUAAGUCCACAAGAGAGAGAUACCAUAAAUGCCAUAGUCAAAGCUAGUGAUUAUCCAUUGUCAAUAGUUCUGGUUGGAGUUGGUGAUGGCCCAUGGGAGAUGAUGCGUGAGUUUGAUGACAAUAUACCCUCCCGGGCAUUUGAUAAUUUCCAGUUUGUGAAUUUUACUGAGAUAAUGUCGAGAAACAUCCCUGCCAGUCGAAAGGAGACAGAGUUUGCGCUUGCUGCACUGAUGGAAAUCCCUUCACAGUAUAAGGCAACAAUAGACCUUCAACUCCUAGGUCGACGAAGAGGAGUAACUGAGAGGGUUUGUCUCCCUCCACCAUCUAGGAACCAUUAUUCACGAUCAACCAGCUUUGAGCAAGGUCCUGGAAUCACCAGAAGUGCCCAAUCUGUCUCAUAUGAAAGUUCUGUUAUAGAGGAAAAGCUGAUCUGUCCAAUUUGCCUCUGGAAAUCAAAGGAUCUCGCUUUCGGAUGUGGUCAUCAGACUUGUUACGAGUGUGGGAAAGAAUUGCAGCGCUGCCCAAUAUGCCAAGCCAAUAUUUCAACUAGGAUCAGGCUCUACUAAUUCCUGAAACUUCAAACGAAUAGUGCAUUACCGACACUUCAUGCAAGUCUGUUAGAAAACCGCAGAGCUAUACUAAAAUCUGAAAACAACUGCUUCUGUAGAUCACUUGUGUUUAGUAUAUGUUUGAUGUGUAAGAUGGCUUGUAAAUAUGGUUCUCGGUCGGGUUAUCGCUGAUGCUGAUAGUGCAAUCAUGAAACUGGAUGUGAAACAUUGGAAUAUUUACUAUUUUCCAUAAAUAAACUUGAAAACUGAUAGCUCUUGCUGUA